CGCACGUCAACAAACAUACAGACUGGUUGCAUAGGACUCCCUUGAUUCCGUUUCUUCCUCUGGACGGUGACCACAUGCGGCCAUGAUACCUCGCACUCCACAGGGUCCUGGCAGUGACCACGCUCCAUCUGGCCCUGGAUCACGGCGAGGGUCUGGGUCGAGCAACAGCAACAGUUUUCGACUGUCCACCUCCAGCCUGCCCAGGCCACAUACCUCCCUUCGAGAAUCCAGGCUGAAUGCUAUACGCGGCAGUAGCAACCAGCCGUCCUACAACCUCGUCGCUCAACAAGGCAAAGAGCACCCCCAGUCGCAAUCGCGCUCCAGGUCCAUGUCCCAGCCGCGACAGUCACCCACCUCCCCCACAUUUCCACGCGCCGCCUCGCACGAAUCUUCUAAGGAAAACGUCGCGCCUGCGGAUGCAGACGAGUAUGAGGCCCAGAGGCGCCAGAUAGAACAGCUGAAAGCUGACCUCGGCACCCUUCGCUACACCAUCACCACCGCCGAAGCCGACCAGGAGAUCACCCGCGUCCGACAGGAGAAUGAGCUUCGAAAGGCAAGGGCACUGGCCGAUGCCGAGUUCAAGAAGAAGCAAGCGGCAGAGACUGAAGCGCACGCCGCUCUGAGGCAUGUCGAACGUCUACAACAAGAACUGCAGGAGAUCCGCGAAUCCCAGCAUGGCCAGCAGGCGGAGACGGAGAAGCGCGCAAAGGCGGCUGAGGAAGAGGCCAGGCUUCUGAGGGAGCAGAUUGAGGAUCUCCAUGCUGCCAGAGAUGAAGAGUCCCGGUUACAAGAGAGAAAGGUCGCAGAUUUACAAACCCAGAUCCAGACAGCGAGUAACCAAAUCGCGAAAUUGGAGCAGGAUGCCCAAGCAAGGGAAGAUGCCCUGCGAAGUUCUCAAGAGCAGCUGGCGGGCAAGGAUGGUUCUAUCGAGCAGCUGGAGACUGAGGUCUUACGGCUCAAGGCUCAUACCGGCGAUGCAGACACCAUGGCGAUCAUACGGAGAGAACUGUCUGAGCAGGUCCAGCACAUCCGCCACCUCGAGGCGACAAACGAAAAGCAACUGGCCGAGCUCAAGCGCCUCCGACAGAACCACAAGGCCGUGGAGAUCGUAGAGGAGGAAAAGGCCUCCCUUUUGAGAAAGCUAGACGCGGCUGAGGAGAUGAGGGCCGAGCUUGGCGAGGAGCGGAGACAGAGAGAACGUUUGGAGGCUGAGCGUCUGGCCUGGGCUGCGUAUCUAGAUCAUGAGGGCCAGGCUGAGUUCGACUCGCCUGAGGCAAUGGCUCGAGCGCUGGUGCAGGAACGCUUCAACUCGGCGUCGCUCCUGGAGAAACUCGGCUCGAUACAGCCGCAGGUCGCGGAGAGAGACGCCCUCAUCAAAGAUCUCGAGGAUGAGAAAGCCAGCCUGGCCACCCAGCUUGAGCAUCUUAAAUCGAAUCCAGUCAAUGCCACAUCGGACAAGGCACGCCAAAGAUUUGAUCGCCAACGCGUCCUGGCCGAGAAGGAGGUCGAGUUCCUGCGGGCGCAGCUCAAGUCGUACGACAACGAGGACAUGACGCUCCAGCCCGAAGCUUACGACGAGUCGAAAGGCAAACGGAUCCAGGAGCUCGAGUCCCUGGUUGAUAAGUACAAGGCCGAAGUGAACAGUCUUGAAUCCGAGCUUCGAUCGGCCGAAUCAUCCGGCAGCAGUCAAGGGGCGGCGGCAGGCGUGAAGAGGCCAUUUCCCACCGAUGACACCGCCGGGUCCCACCAGCACCACGAACAACUGGGCCAGCUUGCGCGUAAGAACCGCAAACUUCAGGACGACUUCACAUCGCUCGAAACAAAGCACAAAGUCCUCCAGAAGGAGCUCUCUGUCGCGCAGGAGCAGCUUGCGGCUGCCAAGCAGUCCAGCAAUGUGCGCAUCCUGCAGAUGCGCUCCAACCCGACCGACGACUACCAAGCCGCCAAGCAGGCCACCAUCAACGAGCUGCGCAACGAGAACGCGGAGCUCCGUCUCCUCGUGCACGACGGCGAUGCGAGCAAGUUCCCCGUGGUGCCGGUGUCGACGCUCAUCGCCCUGCAGCGGGACCUGCAGGCCGCGCGGGACGAGACGGCAUCGGCACGGAAAAAGUGCCAGCGCCUCAAGGAGGUCUGGACGGACAAGUCGGCCGAGUUCAAGGAGGCCGUCUUCCAGCUGCUCGGGUGGCACGUCACCUUCAUCCCCAGCAACAAGAUGCGCCUCGAGAGCGUCUACUACCCGAGCGAGACGGACGAGCACGAGCGCUCCAUCGUCUUUGACGGCGAGCGCGGGUCCAUGAAGGUCGGCGGCGGGCCCCGGAGCGCCUUUGCCCUCAAGAUCUCCGACACGCGCAAGUACUGGGUCACGGAGAAAAACUGCAUACCGGGCUUCCUGGCCGCCUUGACGCUGGAGCUGUACGAUGAGGCCGUCAGGGAAGGGGUUGAGAAGUAGGCAUCUGGUUCCGGUGGUGCGGGCAUAGCUAUCCUGUUGCUUUUGGAGCAUAUUGUAGUAUACAUUGGUACUUCUCUUGCAUCGCGGUCCCGGUGGUUUUUCUGGCCGGUUAUUAAUCAAACGUCUUGUGAGAAACAAUAACAAGCAGAGCAUUUGCACUUGA